AUGUCGGGAAAUGCUUCUACCCUAGGCGCCUCCUCUGAUCUUUACUACAUCUCCAGUAUUGUCAUCCGCCUUGAUGAUACUUCGAAGAAGAAGAUUGAUUUUGCCGAGUUGAAGAUUGAUUCACAGCGAGAGGAGAUCCGUCACAGAUCGGAUCAAGACAGAGGCCUUAGUAAAGAUUUCGAUCCUGCCAUGAUUACUAAGAGGAAGCUGACAGUUGUCGUCACAAUACGACAGCUGCAGUCCACUAGCAGCAGUAUUUGCCCAAGAUUCCGGCUACUGGUAAUAGGAAAGCAUGUUUCUGAACACAGGCGUGGUGAAGCAGAUAUCGAAAAGGAAUUCGUUGCGCCAGAGAAUAAACGAUUUGUACUCCAUGAUAGUCAAGGGUUUGAAGCUGGCGAUAGCGAGAUUUUUACGACUGCAAAAACGUUCAUUAGCCGCCGACGCAAUGAACCCAAAUUGCAGGAUAGAAUCCACGCGGUCUGGCUUUGUCUCUCGAUACCUCAUGCGGAUGGACGCUUGCUUGAGAGUGGAGUAGAGGAAUUCCUCAAAUCGAGGAAGGAAAUACUAGGCGACAUUCCGAUCAUUGCUGUUUUCACCAAGCAUGAUGUUUUUAUCGACAAAUUGGAGUACGAAGCCACUGAAUCGGGAGAAUGUGACGAAACCGCGCUUGAGAAGCGUAAAGUUGACACUUUGAAUAAACUGUGUAUCCAGCCGCUUCAGGAAGCAGCCGGGAGGGACAUCCUCCACGCAACUGUCUCAAUGAACGAAGGUUACGAGGAUACUAUAAGAAAUCUGAUCGAUCUUACAACCACGAACGUCGAAACAUUCGUCGCCUCAGAAGCGGCAUUAGCAAUGAUGAUAGCCCAGCGAGUAGAUAUCGGUCUUAAAGUUAAGGCAUCAAUUGCCAUAGGCAAGAAAAGAUAUUGGAGAGGUCUCGCUUCGAGCAUGAACUUUGCAGGCUUUACCAUGCUGGACUGCUUGUCUGUGAUUCACAAGGAUAUCAUUGACGUUUGGAACUUCAACGACCCCCUCUGUCACUUGGUCAGUGACCGGUUCAAAGAACUGAUGCUAAAAGAUAUAGACAAGGUCGACCUUCCGCACACAGCGCAAGCUUUUGAAUUUGGCCUCUCCGUGGUCGCGACAAUUGCAUCGAUUUUGACCUCGCUAGCUAGUGGUCCGCUUCUACCAAUUGUUGUGCCACUUGCCACGGGGGUGGUUGUGGUUAAAUGGGCUUAUGAUACCUAUCAACGGACAAACGUUGUCUUGCGGCGGAUUAUGACGUACAUCGUGGAUUUAACAUGUAUCAUGCAGAUAUUGUUCCUGCUAGUACCGACGGGGCCUGUUUCUCGUCACAUCAUCAAGAUUGCCAUCGAAGGCUAUGGGAAGGCGUGCAAAGACAAUAUCCACUUGGCAAUUCAAUCCCACUGUAUGUCUGUCACUCGUAGCGGAGGGGACGAUGCGCUGGAGGAGAUUAUUAGGUUGAUCAACAACCAUUCUAUUAAGGCUGAAGAUGUCCAGAACCUGAGGACGAAGAUUGGGCGCGUGGAUUUGCGAGUAGACGAAGAGUGGUAG